GGGUGUCAUAACGGGGAGACGAUGCGGGUCCACGCUCACACCAAGUUCUGCUUCCUAUGUGUGCUCACCUUCCUGUUCCACCAGUGCAGCCACUGCCACGGUGACAGUCAGCACCAUCACCACGGCCAUCACCAAGGCGACCAUAGCGGUGCUGGCGAACAUGAUGGUCACGAGCACGCCCACAGCGACCUGCAGAUCUCCCAGGCUACUUACGUGGGUGGAGGAGGGUCUGGCAGGGAAGUAGAUGCGCAGAACAAGGAGAGUCCCGGCGAGGUGCUAGAGCUGGAGCAGCGCUUCUACAUCCAGCAACUGUUCCGGCGCUACGGCCAGCGCGGCCAGCUGGACUUCCGUGGCUUCCAGAGCCUGCUGCUCAGCCUGGGUCUAGGGGAGGUGAAGGUGGUUGGCCUGGAGCACGAGGAGCUGGGCCAUGAUCACGUUGCCCACCUGGACCUGCUGGAGGUCCAGGAGGGGCUCCACUCACACUCGCCCACCCACGAAGAGCUAGGGCAUGACCAUGGGCACAGACACCAGCAUCCACGGGGGAGGCCCCACGCACACUACCACCCACACACAGAGCCAGGGCCAACUCACUCCACCUGCAACCAACUGGUGACCGGUGCCAGUCCCACUGUAGAUGAUGGUCCGCUGGAUGAUCAUGACCACAAACAUGACCACGGCCCGUUAAAAGACAAUGACCACACUCAUGAUCAUGAUCACAAUCAUGACCACGAACAAGACAAAGAGCACAAACACAAUGAGAGCCAACAACUCAACCAUGAAGUCCACAGCAACAAGACUCAGCCUCAUCACGACCAUGAUCAUGAACACUACCAUGAUCAUGACCAUGACCUCAAACCCCACACACAUCCCCAUCACUCACAAAACAGCACAGAAAACACAGACAGUCAUCCAGCACAUCAAGAGCAGCCACCCACAGCCCCGGCACAGCCCACACAGGCACUCCAGGAGCAGCAACCAGGGGCCGAGGCUUCAGAGGCCCCCAUUGCCAAGCCCUCUGCCCCACCUACCCUACCUCCAGAAUCCAAGCCGAAGAGGCCAAGGAAACCCAAAGGCCACCGGGCCCGAAACCAAGACCAUCAUGUCCAUAGUGAGGAACAUGACCACGACCACGUGCAUGGUCACAGUCUUAGUCCUGUGCCUAGGGGGAAGAGGGCGGCAGGUGAGCCCCACGUGAGCCCCACGUUACCGGUGCCAGCCAUGCCCAGGCAUCAAGAGGACGUGGCUCACCGGCAUGAGGAGGUGGGGCUUAUUUAUUUGAUGUAUGAUGAAUACACAAAAUGUAUAUAUAUAGUAAAUGGAUUUGCUUUAACUGAGUAGUAAAGGAUUUAUAAUGUAAUGACAUGGUAGAUGGUACUGUUUGUGAUAAACCUUUUCUCCUCUCUCCACCAUCUCUCCCUCCCUCCUUCCUCCAGUGUCUGAAUCUGACCAGGCUCCUCAACUACUAUGGCCUGAGUCCAGACUCACGCAUCUCGCCCAGCCAGUUCACCUACCUGUGCCCGGCACUGCUCUACCAGAUUGACAGCCGCGUCUGCAUCCGCCACUAUCACCAGGUGGACGUGGGGCAGGCCGCCCUGGAGCCAGCCAACUCC